AUGAGUGACUCUGAAGAUGAUUUUUUGUGGUGGCUCAAACAAGAAACUAAUGUUCUCCUUAAUAGGAGACGUAGGAAAAAGGUGUGGUUUCAAAAUAGAAGAGCGAAAUGGAGAAAAACUGAGAAGUGUUGGGGAAGGAGUACAAUAAUGGCUGAAUACGGGCUCUACGGUGCAAUGGUGAGGCACUCCUUGCCUCUUCCCGAUACUAUCCUCAAGAGUGCGAAGGAAAAUGAAAGUGUAGCUCCCUGGCUGUUAGGAAUGCAUCGAAAGUCCAUAGAAGCCGCCGAACACCUGAAAGAAGACAGCGCCAACAGCGACCACGAAGAAACGACGUCCAUGCGGACUGACGUCAGCGACACGAGCGCCACCUCCAGUCAGCCACCCACCAACCUCGUGACCUCGGGCGAAGCGGCUGAAAGUCAACACCCGUCGAGCAGUGGCAGCGCCGCCGCCCAACAGACCUAUCCCGAAGAUCCCGAAGCGUUCCGAAACAACUCGAUCGCCUGCCUCAGGGCGAAGGCGCAGGAGCACAGCGCGAAACUUCUCAAUCACAACUUGAUGUUGCACGUCAGGCCGCCCCCGAGUUGCGACGCCAAUGCGAAUAAUCUGCAUCGGCAGGAGGUUGUUAGUGGCGGCGAAGGAUCUGGGAUGUUUUGACCCGGCUCGCAAGGGUCAGCGUAAGAUUUCGUACUAUUGUAAAUUGUUUUUCGUCGGUACGCCACUGGGGAUUGUCGGUGUUCUGUUUUUGUUUGAGUUGUUCGGGAGGUUGGAAAAUAAUUUGAUUUGAAGUGCCGUCAAUGUUUACUUGAAACUUGCAGUAGGUACAAUUAUUUUUUUAA